AGGUAAAAAUAUAUACGAAUACAUUAGUAUACCUUUACGACAGGUAUAAUCGACAUACUAUACAUGUGUAUUACAUGUAGGAAUUAUGAUAUACCAAAUAUUAAAUGAAAGCGAAGUUGUGGAAUUAGAAAAAGAACUCAGAAAAUCAUUACCAGGUACAGCAAAGAUUUAUUACGUAAUAAGAAGUUAUGUGAAUGGAAAUUUGCAAGGUUAUGAAGUACUGGUAGAUAACUGGCCAUCAUGGUCAUGUAUAAUACUCCGUCCACAAUCAGAAAAACAGGUACCUAAAUAUUUUAGUCAUACUUAUAUGUGCCAUUCGAAAAGUGUAACAUCGUUGAAAUACUUCAUUCAGAGACCAGGAGUUAUUAACUGGGAGGAACCUGUCACUUUCACAGGUGUACCAAAUGACAUCAUACCUGUUAUCACAGAACUAAGUCGAAAACAUGGCGCCACUGUAACAUCAAAGGAAUCCAGAUUUAUGUACUGUUGGACCAAACCAGAACCUCCACCUUUACCUCAAAUACCAGAUGAUAUAUGUCUUGGAACCUUAGAACAAAAACACGUGGAAACCAUGACAGACGAUUGGGAAUCGACACGAUACAGAGAAGGUUUAGAGGGAUAUUUCUCGGGUGUUGUACAAAACUUUGACAGUAGUUGUGUAACUGACAAAGAGGGGAAUCUCCUAGCCUAUAUAUGUAUGCAAUAUAAUGGCGCAAUGGCUAUGUUAUAUAUAAGACCAGAAUACAGACAGUGUGGAUAUUUUAAUAUACUUCUUAGUGACCUUACUCGUAAACGCCUCGCAAAAACAGAAGUGGCGUAUGCAUUCAUUCCUGUUCAAGAUACGCAACUGAUAAAAUUAGCGCGGGAAUUUGGUUUUGAAUGGGUACCAGAAGGAAAUAUGACUUGGAUAAGAUAUAAUCCUCCCGCUCAACCAAAUCGUCUUUCAAAUGUAACCAAAACAGUAGAAGCAAAAUCUAGCAAUUUGGAGGAUUGUUUAAAUCAUCUCAAAAUCAAUGCUAUUCCUCUAACUACUUUGUGAUAACAACACGGAGACUUUAAUUUUGGGGACAGUGUGUUAGACAGAUAAGGAGACCAGUACAAAUCAUAUAAUUUUCAAAUCAUCAAAAAGAAAAUUUCUGGCUAUGGAUCUGCAGCAGAGUUUCAGGAAUUGAAUUCAUUAUACCACAUUUAUUGCAAUAUCAAAUGACAUGCUUUACAAUCUAAGCAAGCUAAUCAUUUGGUUAAUUUAUUUGUUAGACAUUGUUAAUUGUUGAUAUUUAUUUUCAUAUCGUGUUCAUUGUUACUUACAAAUAAAAUAAUCAUAACUUGCA